AUGGUCUCCUUCUCUUCACUCUUCCUCGUCCUGACUGCCGCCGUUGGAGUCUUCAGCGCUCCGGCUGGUGAGCUUACAGAGAGAGAUAGCUUUGCCCCAACCCAGGAGCUUGACAAGCGCACCUCUCCAGGCACCGGGACGAACAACGGGUACUUCUACUCGUUCUGGACCGACGGUGGUGGUAGCGUGACGUACAACAAUGGUGCCGGCGGCUCAUACACGACGCAAUGGAGCAACGUUGGCAACUUUGUCGCAGGGAAAGGCUGGAAUCCCAGUUCUGCCAGAACCAUCAACUACUCCGGCACCUUCAGUCCAAGUGGGAAUGCUUACCUGGCAGUCUAUGGCUGGACCACCGGCCCCUUGAUCGAGUAUUACAUCCUCGAAUCGUACGGCACCUACAACCCGGCCAGCAGCGGCCUGACCUACAAGGGCCAAGUUCAGAGCGAUGGCGGCACAUAUAAUAUUUACACCGCUCAGCGUGUGAAUGCGCCGUCCAUCCAGGGAACCGCGACCUUCACGCAGUAUUGGUCCAUCCGCACGGGCAAGCGCGUCGGCGGCACUGUCACCACUGCCAAUCAUUUCAAUGCGUGGAAGAAGCUUGGGAUGAAUCUCGGCGCGUUUGAUUACCAGAUUGUUGCCACAGAGGGAUACCAGAGCAGUGGAUCGUCCAGCAUCACGGUUUCUUGA